UUAAGUAAUGAUUAUAAUUCAAUCCAAAAAUUCCACUUGAAAAUUGUGCUGGGAGACUUUAAUUAUGUACUUCUAAUAGCCCUCUAAAAGAGAGACAAAAAUGAAGCAUACACCUUAUGGGGAGAUGCACUCUACGAGGAAAUGUCUAUCUUGGCAAACAAGGAUGAGCUUCAAGAAUCAAAACUAUUGUCAGUUACGUGUAGAAUGGAAACAUAUGUUUUGGCAAAUCAAAGAAAGCUAAUAGAGAUGCAAGACUGUCCUGGUCGGUGACCCUUCAAAGGGUCUAAUUUUAUGUGGGCAUUGGAUUUGGAUAAGAAUGCCAUGAGUGCCUUUUUUUUCACUUUUUUUUUUUAAUUUAAUUUUUUUUUGGGUCCUCGUGAUAUUUCCUCACAUGGAUAAGCAUGUACUCAUCUGAAUAUUUAAGUUUCUACCAUCAUAUUCUAUAGUAAGUUUUAAAUAUGGGUGGUGGUGGUUAAAAACAUACCAAACUUGAGAGCGGGAACAGAGCCAUGCACUCGCGGAUCCGCUCUGGAAUUCGUUGGAUUGGAUCAACAAUGGCAGCUCUUCGACCUUCUUCUGUAUCAUUCGAUUCUUCUGUUUCCGGACCCACUAAUUCCUUCAUGGGUCUUCUCCACAAAUCGCCUAUCUUUGAUUCUCGGAAGAAAUUGGUGAGAGUUGGCGAAACCCAUUUGGGAUCGUUACCUUCAGUCAAGAGAAAUUUGGUUUCAAGAUUGGAGGCUUCAAGUGAUUCAUUGGGAUGUGGUCAACACCUUAUGAGCAAUAAGAUGGGAAAUGAAAUGGAAAGUCUGGAUAAAACUGAUCAGGGACUGGAUUUUUUUGAAGAGUUGAAGCACAGGUUUCUCUGUUUCAAGAAGCAAAAGUACCUGGAAGAACCAGAGCACUUUCAAGCUCUUGCCAAAGCUCAAUCUCCAAAGUUCAUGGUGAUCGCUUGUGCAGACUCGAGGGUAUGCCCUUCCAACAUCCUUGGUUUUCAACCAGGAGAAGCAUUCAUGAUAAGAAAUGUGGCAAAUCUUGUGCCCCCAGUAGAGAACGGACCAUCAGAAACUAAUGCUGCCCUCGAGUUUGCUGUGAAUACUCUUGAAGUUGAAAAUAUAUUAGUCAUAGGACACAGUAGCUGCGCAGGAAUUGAGACCCUUGUGAGGAUGCGAGAUGAUGUGAAUUCCAGCUUUGUUGAAAAUUGGGUUGCCAAUGGGAAAGUUGCAAAAUUAAGAACAAAAGCUGCUGCCGGCCAUCUUGGCUUUUACCAGCAAUGCAAAUACUGUGAGAAGAUGUUUGUAGUAUGUAAAAGAUUGUUGGUGGAUCAGAACAUACACAAGCAAGGCUGCCAUUUUCACAGGCAUCACAUGGGCAUAUCCAUUCUAAAGUGCAUUCAAUUGAUUCAUUCCGGUUACCACAGGGGAAGCUGGACCCUGUUGGCAUCAUCUUUACCUUACCUGCAAAUGAUACUUCAAGGCUUCAAGAAAGAAGGGAGGUUGAUGAAGUUUAUUUGCCAAAUUAAUUACCUUCAUGUGAAUUAUUCCAUCGCCAUUAGUUUUAAUAAUGAUGGGAAGAUGGUUUCUGCAAUGAGUCAAGGCAGGGCAGGCCACUGUUCAAUUCAGCUUCAACUUCGGAUUUCGGAACAUAAACCUAGCUAGGAGCCUUGGUUAUGAUAUGAAACCAAUUGUUAGUGAGGCUGGAGCAUGUAUAGCUGCCAUACCCCUCUCUUUCUCCUUGAUGGUGAAAAUCCAAUAAUUAUGAAAAAUAAUAAAUAAAUGAAUAAACCGACAUCAUAGGGGCCACAGCAGGUUAGAUGAGGAAUACCUGCUCACAUAGCAUGUUUUAUACCAUCUCAAGACUUGUUUACAACUGACACUUUGUUGGGCAGGGAUUGGUUUACUUUUAUUGCAAUUAUUUGGCCCAAUUUAUUAUUGAAACUAAUGGGAGAACAAUGCAUCCCAUAACAAACCUUUUAUAUGUUCCUUUGUUGAAAGUUAACUAUUUGCAGAUGGUGAAGAAUCCAAAGCCUACCAGCCAAAUGGCUUGACGUGUGAGAUGUCAAUAAGGCUGGUUUUUUAUGUUGCUGGUAUGUAAAUUGGUAAAGUUUUCUUUCAUCUGCUAUUCUACAUUCAAAUUGUAAGGUUAUGCAUAUUAAUGAGGAUAAUUCUAGGCAGCUAAACUUCUAUUGACUUUGAUCAAGAUCCCAGCUGAAUAUGGCAAGUCCGUAGACCAAAUCUAUUUGAUUAUCAGGAAGUUAUGGAUGAGAAGUUGAGCUAACAACACACAACCCUUCCCAACUACCCAGCUUAAGUUUUCAUAUAUUCAUUAACACUGCGUCACGUAAGUAUCAUCCCUCCUUUAUAAAACCCCUAAGCCUACUCUUUCAUGCAAACCAUUCUCAGAAGAAAAGUUCUACCCUCGUUCAGAAUUCUCAAUCUUUUAGCAAUUCAGAAAGGGAAAAUGGCUCAUCACCAUGACCAAUCCAUUCUGUUGCCUCUGCUGCUCAUCACUCUCUCCCUAAUGAGUUGCAAAGAAGUUUUUGCAUCUCGUCACCUUCUGGAGGAAACCACACUGCCUAAGGUUCCUGAGCUUCCUAAGCCAGAAUUGCCACCUCUUCCUACACUCCCUACUUUUCCUAAACCUGAACUCCCACCUCUACCUCAUAUCCCUACUCUGCCAGAGUCCACGUUGCCAACUUUGCCCAAGCCUGAAUUGCCAACCGUUCCGCAUGUCCCAGCUUUGGAGAAGCCUGAACUGUCACCUUUGCCAAAGCUUGAGGUGCCAAAACUCCCAGAAGUCCCUCCUCUACCCCACCUACCUGACCUGCCUAAGCCCACACUGCCCACCGUCCCAACCCUUCCAAAGGACAUUCCCUUCCCUUCCCUCUCCCCACCCCACUCAAUCACUAGCCCUUGAGCUUCCGGUGCUGAGCUUCAUGUCAUCAUCGCACCUCUCAUUUGCUAUCGUAUGGAGUAGAGAUUCUUAAAAACCAGGGUUGCACCCUGGUUCAUAUAUGCGAUUAUUGGUGCUGAUAGUUGUGUGGAGUUUAUUUUCAUUUGUAGUUUUCUGUUGGCAUGUGUUGAUUUAUGAUCGUCCUUGAUUUGUAAGUUUCUUGUAUACUCGCAUGGUUAUUGAUUAUUUAUGCAAAUUCCUUUUGAAGUGAA